UUCAUUUUCUAAUAAUCUCCUAUCGAUCGAUUUUGUUUAUACUUUUCUGAGAUUUGUUUGAAUUUUCUCUUGAAAAUGUCUUGCUGCGGAGGAAACUGUGGUUGUGGAUCCGGCUGCAAAUGCGGCAGCGGAUGCGGAGGCUGCAAAAUGUUCCCGGACUUAGGCUUUUCCGGCGAAAAGGCCACAACUGAGGCGUUUGUCUUUGGCGUUGCACCAGUGAUGAAGAACCAGUACGAGGCUUCCGGCGAGGGUAACGCUGAGAACGAUGCAUGCAAGUGUGGAUCUGACUGCAAGUGUGACCCUUGCACCUGUAAAUGAAUAAAGAAACCACUCUCAAGAAGGCAGAGAUAAUCAGAAUCUUAAUUAAGCAAUUAUAUAACCCUACCGAUGUAUUAGGUCAGCUUUUAUGUGUAAUAAUGGCUGCAGCCUUGUCCUUUAAGCCCAUAAUGUUCUUCGUUUGUGUUUACGUUGUUCUUAUGUUUGACCAUAGUUGUUGAGUCAGUUUGUAUAUAUAAUAAUACUCAACUAAUAAUAUAAACCUAUAAA